AUGACUGAAGAAGGUGGAUUUAUACGCCCUUUACGGAAGACUAGAGCUAGAACAAGAAGUGCUAGAAAACAGAUAAACUAUUCGGAACUUAGUGAUCAUGAAGAACAGAAAACUUUGGUUAACCGCGAUGAUGAUGAUGAUGCUGACGAGGAGACUGUUUCUGAUGUUAUUGAGUUGAAGCAAGAGGAUGAAGACGAUGACGAGUACGUCGAUGCUGUACCCUUGAAGACAGAAAAUGAAGACAAGGAUGAUCUUGAUGCAUUAGUAAACGGAAAAGAUACUGUUAACAACAAUGACGAUGAUGAUGAUGAUGAUGAGCCUUUGAAUAAGAAACGUAAAAGAAAGGCAACAAAGAAGGCCCCUACCAAAAAGAAGAAAAAAGCAGCUAAACCAAAAGUAUCAUACUACGAACGUACUACUAAUAAUUUAUUCCUGCAUCAUCCAGAACUUAAACAGGUCUUCCCAGAUCUAAAUAAUUCUACACCAUACACAGCGGUAAGAGCCCGUCAACCAAAUGACAUGAGUAUUAAAUUAUUACCCUUUCAAUUAGAAGGGUUACAUUGGUUGAUUGCCCAAGAAGAAGGGAAAUUUCAGGGUGGUAUUCUUGCAGAUGAAAUGGGGAUGGGUAAAACUAUCCAAACCAUCGCUUUAUUAAUGCAUGACACCACAAAAAGACCAUCCUUAGUGGUGGCCCCCACAGUGGCCUUAGUACAAUGGAAAAAUGAAAUUAAUCAACAUACUGAUGGGAAAUUGAAAACUUAUAUGUUUCAUGGUACAUCGAAAAAUAUCGACGUUAAAAAACUAAGUGAAUUUGAUGUCAUUUUGACUACUUAUUCAGUACUGGAAUCCGUAUUUAGGAAGCAAAAUUAUGGGUUUAAGAGGAAAGCAGGUUUGGUGAAAGAGCCUUCUCUUUUACAUAAUAUGCAAUUUUAUCGUGUCAUAUUGGAUGAAGCUCAUAAUAUUAAGGAUAGACAAAGUAAUACUGCAAGAGCUGUGAAUUUUUUACAAACUAAGAAAAGAUGGUGUUUGACUGGUACUCCUUUACAAAAUAGAAUUGGCGAGAUGUAUUCAUUGAUUAGAUUUUUGAAUAUUGAUCCAUUUGCCAAAUAUUUUUGUACUAAAUGUGAUUGUAAUUCGAAAGAUUGGAAAUUCUCUGAUAAUAUGCAUUGUGACGUGUGUAAUCAUGUCCUGAUGCAACAUACAAAUUUUUUCAAUCAUUUCAUGUUGAAAAAUAUUCAAAAAUUCGGUGUAGAGGGGCUCGGUUUAGAAUCAUUCAAUAAUAUUCAAACUUUAUUGAAAAACAUUAUGUUAAGAAGAACUAAAGUGGAAAGAGCUGAUGACUUAGGGUUACCUCCAAGAAUUGUCACUGUUAGAAGGGAUUUCUUUAACGAAGAAGAAAAAGAUCUUUACAGAAGUUUAUAUUCUGAUUCUAAAAGGAAAUAUAAUUCAUACGUGGAAGAAGGUGUUGUGUUGAAUAAUUAUGCUAACAUUUUCUCUUUGAUUACAAGAAUGAGACAAUUAGCUGAUCAUCCUGACUUAGUUUUGAAAAGAUUACAUGGUAAUAAAAAUGACAUACAAGGCAUUAUUGUUUGUCAGUUAUGUGACGAUGAGGCAGAAGAACCAAUAGAAUCUAAAUGUCAUCAUAAAUUUUGCCGGCUGUGUAUUAAAGAAUACAUUGAAUCAUUCAUGGAAAAUAAUAACAAUAAAUUGGCAUGUCCUGUGUGUCAUAUCGGUCUAAGUAUUGAUUUAUCUCAGCCUGCGUUGGAAGUUGAUAUGGAUACAUUCAAGAAACAAAGCAUUGUCAGUAGAUUAAACAUGAAGGGAACGUGGAGGUCAUCAACAAAAAUUGAAGCGUUGGUCGAAGAAUUAUAUAAAUCAAGGAGUCCUGUCCGGACAAUAAAAUCUAUCGUGUUCUCACAAUUCACAAGUAUGUUAGAUUUGAUAGAAUGGAGGUUGAAAAGAGCAGGUUUUGAAACUGUAAAACUUCAAGGUAGUAUGUCUCCAACACAAAGAGAUGAAACAAUCAAAUAUUUCAUGAAUAAUAUCCAUUGCGAAGUUUUCCUUGUCAGUUUAAAAGCAGGUGGUGUGGCCUUAAAUCUUUGUGAAGCAUCACAAGUUUUCCUUAUGGAUCCAUGGUGGAACCCUAGUGUUGAAUGGCAGAGUGGUGAUAGAGUUCAUAGAAUCGGUCAAUUUAGACCUGUCAAAAUUACAAGAUUCUGUAUCGAAGAUAGUAUUGAAUCAAGAAUCAUAGAAUUACAAGAAAAGAAGGCAAAUAUGAUUCAUGCCACUAUAAAUCAAGAUGAAGCUGCAAUCAAUAGAUUGACUCCAGCUGAUCUACAGUUCUUAUUUAACAAUUAA